AUGCUCGCUCUCCCAUACCUUUAUGUUAUUGUAAGUAAUGUCUUCUUCAAGCUCCUAAACAAGGCUGUUGUUGAUGGAAACAUUGAAAACCACCCUCAAUGUGAGGAAGUCAAGUUAUCCCAUUUGAGCUUCGCAUAUGAUGUAGUUGUCUGUACUGAUGGCACACCAGCUUCGCUUCAGGGAACGCUUGCCGGUAGGGGAAAACUAGCACUUGAGAGUGAAGAGGAUGCAACAGGUCUCUUUGUCUCUGCUUUACCCAUCAGAUUCGAGAUCGCUUUCUCUGCUGGACGAGUAAAGCUCUCUCUUAUGCCGGGAGAGAGCACGUGUUCUGUUUUCUUCUUGAGUGGUUCACCAAACAAUACAUCUCGAGCAAAGAUUGCAUGGGAGGAAGUCUGUUGUCCCUAUGAAGAAGGAGGUCUGGGUAUUAGGAGAGUGAAGGAGGUCAGUACUGUGUUUGUACUGAAGCUUAUUUGGAGGCUGUUCUCUCAGUCUUCGUCGUUAUGGGCAGUAUGGGUCAAACAGAAACUGUUGAAACAUGAAACUUUUUGGGAUGCAAAGGACACGGUGAUAUGCUCUUGGGCUUGGAGGAAGCUUCUAAGGUAUCGUCCUCUUGCUAAGCAGUUUAUUCGUAUGAAUUUUCAGGCUGGGCUCGACGUGAGAUUCUGGACUGAUGUAUGGCACCCGUGUGGUCGUCUCAUUGAUAUUGUUGGGGAGCUGGGUUUACAAAAAUUGGGUAUAAAAAGAGAUGCCAGGAUUUGCCAAGUCUUUCUUGAUGGAGACUGGAGAUUUCGCAGGUGUCGUGACCAGCGUAUUCAAGAUUUAAUUCGUGAUAUUCGAGCAUUUCCUAUCAGCUUGGUGGAGAAUAUGUCGCAAGGAGAGUGUGGUUUGGAGCAAGCUGGCAUGGUUCCCACAGGGUGUAUCGCGAUUCGCUUUCAUCACUUGGUUAGCUAUCAGGAAUCGACUAUCAACUGGUCAUCGUACGAGUCAAUGGGGCCAUCCUCAAAGCUGUCUUUUCUAAGGUGA